AUGCGAAUCUCACUAUACCCAAGCUCACUUCACCCAAUCUCACUAUACCCAAGUUUACCACAGCUAAGCUUUCCUCAGCUAAUCUCACUAUACCUAAGCUCACUUCACCCAUUGUCACUAUACCGUAACUCACCUCAGCCAAUCUCACUAUACCUAAGCUCACUUCACCCAGUCUCACUAUACCCCAACUCACCUCAGCGAAACUCACCUCACCCUAUCCCCUUAUCCCUAAGCUCACCUCACUCAGUCUCACUAUACCCCAGCUCACCUUUGCUAAACUCACCUCACCCAAUCUCACUAUACCCAAGCUCACUAUACCCCAAUUCACUUCACCCAGUCUCACUAUACCCCAACUCACUUCACCCAAUCCCCGUAUCCCUAAGCUCACUUCACCCGGUUUCACUAUACCCAAUCUCACUAUUCCCAAGCUCAUUAUACCCCAACUCGCCUCACCCAAUCUCUCUAUCCCCAAGCUCACCUCAGCCCAGCUCCUGGAGAUUCCCCGAGAGUUUAGAAGUGUUAUGUGGGAAUAUUAAAGGUUAUUUGAUAUCGGAGCGAGUUAUCGACGUCUGCGUAAGAGCUCUCUAUAUUUCCUCUGGAGGCGUAGCCCUGUGGGAGCCUAGCCAGGUGAACCUUACCUGUCAGGUGAUGUCGGUGAUGCUGGCGCUGGUCCUCUCGGGUCAGGCCCCUUUAAAACCCGCCACGGCUGGGGCUGUAAUCUCUUUCCCACUCUGA